AUCUUUUUUGAUUUAGUUGUUUUUUCUAGUAGUUUUGAAGCCGGAUUUGCUAUUCACUAGGAAAGACGCUUAUAAUGGGUGAUGUUGACAAAUGGAUUGAAAUGGUGAAGAAGUGCCAAUACUUGCCUGAGAAUGAGCUGCGCAAGCUGUGUGAGAUUAUAUGCGACAUUCUGCUCGAGGAGGCCAAUGUGCAGCCGGUCAGCAGCCCAGUGACUGUGUGUGGGGACAUCCACGGCCAGUUCUACGACUUGCAGAAACUAUUCAGCACCGGCGGCGAGGUGCCCGAUACAAACUACAUAUUCAUGGGCGACUUUGUGGACCGGGGCUACUAUAGCCUGGAGACGUUCACCAGGCUGCUGACGCUGAAGGCGCGCUACCCCAGCCAGAUAACAUUGCUGCGCGGCAAUCACGAGACGCGUCAGAUCACCAAGGUCUACGGCUUCUUCGACGAGUGCUUCAGCAAGUACGGUAAUGCGAACGGCUGGAAGUAUUGCUGCAACGUCUUCGACUUGCUGACGAUUGCAGCGAUCAUCGAUGAGCAGGUGCUCUGCGUGCACGGCGGACUCAGUCCGGAGAUUGUCACCCUGGACCAGAUGCGCACGAUCGAGCGCAUCGGCGAAAUACCGUACAAGGGCGCCUUCUGCGACCUGGUGUGGUCCGAUCCGGAGGACAUUGACUUCUGGGACCAGAGCCCGCGCGGCGCUGGCUGGCUGUUCGGGCGCAAGGUCAUGAACGACUUCAUGACCAUCAACAAUCUCAGCCUCAUUUGCCGCGCCCAUCAGCUGGUUGACGAUGGCGUCAAGUACAUGUUCGACGAAACGCUGGUCACUGUUUGGUCAGCUCCCAACUAUUGCUAUCGCUGCGGCAACGUGGCUGCCAUACUCAGCUUUAAGACGGCCACGGAGCGCUUUGCCCACAUCUUCCUGGCUGUGCCGGACGCAGAACGUGUUCUACCCAAACGUAAUGCCACGCCCUACUUUCUGUAACCACCAGCCUAUAAAGCGAAGCACCGUAUAAGAGAAACCCAACCUACACACACUCCCACACAC